AGUGUCUUUUGGAUAGCGCAUUGAAAAAUGGCUACCGUGUUCGACAGUCCGUUCAUCAGGCAACGUUUACAUCGACUGCGGCAUCGUGACUUCGACUUUGACGAGGACCAGAGAUUUGGUCGCUGCGACUGUACCAGCUAUUCGUAUUUCGUGCUAUCGAUGGUACUGUUCUCAGUCGGUACAGUUAUAACAGUUCUUGCCUUAGGAGAUGCCGAUGGUUACAUUCUCAGCAAUUUGGGACACAUGUGGCUUGUAGGGCCGAUAUUUAUAUGUUCUGGAAUGAUGGUUGCCGUUAAAAGUAUGCUAUACUUGCGAAGGAAAAGUGUCAUACAGAUGCUACUACAUCAGCGCGCGAUAAUCAGGGACAUGGCUGCAGUCCAGGAACAAGCUUACAGUGGUCAAGUUCCACGCACUGCUUCCAGUGCUACACUACCUCCGUCUUAUGAUGCCUUAUUAGCUAGUCCUGCAACAAGUAAACCCCAGCCUUCUGGUUCCGAGCCACCACCACCAACUUAUGAUGAAGCUAUGCACCUCAUAGGAGAAGAAAAAUUCCAGAUUGACAACAAAAAUGAUGACAGUGCCAAACAGGAAACUAGUCACCAAACCUCUGAAAUAAAUGAUGGCAAGCCAUGAAAGUAUCAAAAUAAUUAAUAAACUUGUUUAACACUUUAGCUUUGUAAGAAAACUUAAUACUUCCUUUUGUACUUAUAAUUUUUAUUUAGUUGUUUACCAUGUUUUGCAAAUGUGCCUCAAAUUACCUUGUUAACAAUAUUGUUAUUGCAAUGUAAAGAUUUUGUAAAGUAUAGAAGUAAUAAGCAUUUGAAAGUGUGUUGACAUUUGUCAUUUCAAAGGAAAAGCUGCAGUAUAGCAGACUGCAAGUUGUUACUUAUGUGUUAAUAAGCUAGUGGUUUAUAUCACUUUCUGAAUGCAAGAGCCAAUUAAUUGUAAUACAAAGUGUAAUAUAUAUUUUCUAUUCUACUUAUUGGCACACUGAAUUUGAUCAAAGUCUAUUAUAUUUUCAGAGUACUUGUUUAAACAUGAAGCACAAUUCUUAUGCAAUCAGCAAGUGGCAUUUAAACCGUUUGUAACUUAGCUAUGGCUGAGGCAUUUUGAAACUAAACUUAUUUUUUUACUAAUUAUUAUAAAGAUCAACUUAAGAACACCAUAACCAGUGUUGUGGGUAACUAGGGAGAAUAGAUUUAAUUAUUGUUUUAACUCCUGACUCCACUGUUAUAAUGUAUAUCUGUAAAUGUAGAGAAAUAGUAUGUGUUAUCUUGUUUACUUGAUAGUGACCUGGUUUUGCAAUUAAUGUCAAGACUGAUGCAUUUAUAUAUCUGAACUACCAGUUAAGGCGAACAAUUGUUGAUUGUUACAGGGGAAUUUAAAAAAAACAAACGGGGUAUUUAUUGAAUCUGAGCAUACUCUUGCGGGUACAUAGUUGUUUGCAUGAGUUAAUUUUCUCUGUUGCACAAUUUUAAGUUUGUAUUUAAGAGCAGGUUAUUUUGAAAUGAAGUUCAAUGUUCCUUCAUAACAUUGUGUUCAGUCUUUUUUUAGUAUUAUCUAUCUUUCACAAUUUCCCAAGUGAUUGCUUUUUUACUAUAAAUUUUUAUUAUAGUGCAGUAGAGAGAGCAUUGACAGGGCCUUAUACUUUGCCUUUUAUUAUAGAAUAACAAACAAUGUGCCUAAUUGUGUAUCUUCAUUAGUUAUUGUAAGAAAUACCACUGCAUUUUAACAACGAAUUGACCAUAAAGACUUGAUUUAGUAAUACAAACAAGCCAAACAUUUAAAUGUUGCAUGUUAUGCUACAUUGGAAUAAAAUUAGUAAUCUCUUAUCAAUGUCACUUAAGUUGUAGAAUAAGUUUUUAUUUCAAAAACAGCAAAUAGCUUGGUUAAAUAAAUUUCUUUUUGACAUUGCUAAUUAAUAAAUAUAGUUAAUAAGUUAGGUUAUUUAUGUAGAAUGACUUGCAAUGACUUUUGUAUUACUACAUUGAGAUUGUCUAGUCAAAAGACGUUGUUAAUAUUAUUGAAUCAAAAUAAAUGCCAAGAUUACUUAUCCAAUGUUCCAUAUGUUGUUGCAAAGGUAAUUAUAAUUAUAACAUUAAUUUGUUAUUAAAAACUUUUCAUAAUGUAAAUGUUUGAAUAUCAAAUUAUCUCAGCUUGUUAAACAAUGAUCAAUGUCUUUUAGUGUACAUAGGAGACUAAACAGUACAACAUUGUAUAGUAUUAUUUUCUUGAUUGUUGUGCGCAUUUUUUAAUAAAUGGGACUUUUAUUCUGCCAAUAUUAAAAGUUGUGAACACUGGCAUUACAUUGGGCAUAGUGCAAAUCCGCGUAUGUAGUAUUGGUAAAAGGGGCGGGAAAAUUUACAGGAGAGGGAUUUAACAUAUCACUUUGUUAUUCCAAUGGCUACGACUUUCAUUUUUAGAUAGUAUGCAUUAAUUUAUGUUGCCUACGGACUGAUAACAAUAGAUUCCCGUAAAUCACACAAAUUUGGUUACCACGACUUUUACGCGGAUUUGAUUCUGCCACUAAAUUACCGAAAUGGAAACUCGUAAUCCAAUGCUAGUUACGCGUAAUUGCACUAUCCAUAACGAUUUGAUACACAGUAAUGGGAAAUAUGGAAUUGUAAAGCAAAUUAUAAUUUAAUAGUUAAAUACAUAGCAUAUCAAGCUUAAGUUUUAUGUUCAACUC